UCUCCUCAUUAUUCCCUAUCCUCGUCUCGCUCUUUCUCAGACAUUGCUCUCCCUCUCCCUAACCGCGUUUCUCUCUUUCUCUCGUAUACUCUACGUACAUUAUACGAACAACUCGUCGUCAGUCAGUACAGAGACAUCGUUGCCGGCGCUUCGUUUAUCUCGCUCCUUCUUUUCCUCCUUCUCCCUUUUUCUCUCUUCCUCUCAUCUUUUCGCGCCCUUUCCUCCACCCCCAUUUUGACUUUGUUGAAUUUUUCGUCGCUGAUUAAUCGUAUCGCGUUGUCAUUUCCUUCAGCGCCUCCACUUUUGCUCCGAAAUCCUUUUCGCGGAAGGAAGGCGAGAAUGCCGCGAAAAAUCGUUAUCGUUCGUUAUCGGGUGUCAGUGACAGUGUAUUCGUGUCUGAGGUGUGACAAUAGAUAAGAGUCUCUUCCCACCCACUCCCUCUUUCGCGAUAAGGAAAUAAUCCGUCGCGCAGGAAUACGGAGGAAAGCAGACCUUCCUCUCCCGAAGAUUUACGCGUCUAGUAACGGAUUCAUAAAUGCAUACAUACGCGCGCUACUUUCGGCAAGAAUUGCACUCGCUGCAAAAGCUGCAGCCCGUUCUUUCAUGUCGCGAAGUUAUAUCGCGGAGUCAUCUUUUAUUCCCGUUCUCUCUGUGUUUUCGCGUUGCGUUUCGAUCCCGACUUACACGUCAUUUCCCAAAUAAAUAUUCCAAAAAGUGCGCGCACAAAUAUCGUUACCUUUGACAAAAUUCUUCCACCGCGACGAACUAGACCUUUUCACGGUCUACGAGCAGCGAACGAUAGACGUCGAGUGUUGGCGGACGAGGAGCUUAUCUGAAAGGAGAACGGUGCACAGCAAACCAGCAUGGAGUCAAUGGGAAAAGUCUUCGAUAACAAUAUCUCGGAAGCGGAUGCGCGACAUAAUCAGAAUUUGCUCCGACAAGACGGGAAGGAAGCGAAUCCGGAAAACGUGCAGGUUUUUUCGGUCGAUAAAGUUACCGUCGAAAAGAUCGUCCUCGAGUCUUGGAACGGAUCGCGAGAAGUACUGCUGACGAAGAACGAGUCCUCGACAAAGUCGAAUGUUGUCAAACGAACGAAAGACAGCCGACAAAAAUCGACAAGUCGCAGCUUAUCCUCGGAAGAUGCGUCGUUCGCGUAUUCGAAACCAAAAGACACUAAUUUUAAGACCGUCAUUCUCGACAGCCAAUCGAAACUCCCUAUCCCGAAGAAUCGAAAGAGUAAAUUCACGAAGAAUCCAUCCAUCGGUAGUAUUGCGAUCGAUGGUUUAAAUUCAGCGAAUACAGUCUCCAAGAGGAAUAAAGUGCCACCGAAAAUCCCGAAGAAAUCUGCGAUCGAGAAGGAGCACAAUUCAUCUUUGAUAGCGACUUGUUCCACGAAAGAAUUCUCGGAAGAUUUAUUGUCGAAUCGGGAACAAAUUGUCGACAAAGUAUUGAUUAAACACGAAGAGUCGGGAAACGUUGAAAAAAAUAAUGACGAUAAAAAUAAAUGUAAUAAAUUAGACGAGAUCGAAAAGCAGGACGACGCGACGAGCGUCGAAGUUGACAGAGUUGACGCCCAGAGUUGUCUGGAGAAAAAUCAGGCGACUAUCGAGGAUCUCCAAAGGAAUCUGAGCACCAGGAUUCACGCCAGUACCGCGCAAAGUUAUCGAGAGAAGCUGCUGGCGAAUUAUAUUCCGAGGUCGUCGGUUACCGCGGAGUCAAGUUCCGGAUUCGACAAGGAUUUUCUCGAGAAGCAUAAUCUGGAUAAACGAUUGAAAAUCGAGGAGAAGAGACUGUUGGAAACCGAUCUCGAUUACACGUCCGACAACGAUAGAACCAGCGAGACCGACGUCGGGCGAAAAUACAGCGAGAAAGUGACGGAGGUGGAGAAGCGCUGGUCCGGAGAAUUCUUGGAGAAUCGUCUGCAACGUAACUCCUCGGAAUCUUCGAAAUCAUCUUACGUCGAAGAGUUUGGCAGCGUGUCCUCGCGCGAGAGCAUCGUCGAGGAUCGCUUGCUUUUUGCUCAGAAACACCCGGCGAACUUCGCGGAGAGACAAACGUCGAUCGAAGAACCGAAGUCACGAACUUCCGAGGAAAUUCUUCUUGAGAACAGUACCGUGAGCACCGUCGACUCCGACUCGUGUCUCGAGGACAGAAUCAAGGCUGUCGACGAGGACAUUGCUCACGCGACGAAUGAAAUACAGACGGAUGAUAACGUUGACGUCGAUGAACUCGAUCGAGCUUACGAUAACGAGGAAAUAAAGGAUCGCGUUCGAUGGAACGAUGAAAAUUAUAGAGACGAAAAAAUCGACAAUUUGAACGAUACGAAUUCGAAUCGAGCGAAUAAUUAUAAAACGAAUAUCGAGGAACGAAUGUCAGAGAUAUUUCUUGUCGGCGAGAAUUCCUUCUCGGUGAUUAAUUCUAAGGAAUCGACCUUCGUGCUCCGAAAUCAUCGCGGAAAAGACGGUUACGCUAAUCUUAUAAAAGAAUUCGCUAUGGAGGCGGGACCGUCCAAGAUGAAAAAAGAGGAGAAACAGAAGAAGAAGCUCGGCUUUCGACGUCUUUUACCGGCCAUUUUCUCGCCGAAAGAUUCUCGAAAGGAUUACAAGAAGAAGGAGCAGAAGGAGCGAAGGAGAUCCGACGAGCGGCAUUUCGUUCGUUACCAGCAAAAUGGAAAUUACACGAGAUCGCCGGAUACGAUGAAUUUAAACGAAGAUAUCAAGAGAAACGUUCGACUGGAUAACAGCUUGAACGGUUCCAUCAUCGACGAGAGGUUGGACGAGAUCAAGCGCGAAUUGUUCCCGGAACAGGGUCCAAUCACCAGCACGCCCGACCACUUCCUGCAGGACGACUCGCGACUUCUUCGCGACAGAAGCCGAAGCCAGAGAUCGUACACCGAUCGUACAACCGAUUCCAGUCUCAGCUCGAUCGCGCCGGACGAGAGAUGGAUAGAACGCGGCGGACAAUUUGUCAUCUCGCCCGAUUUAAGAAAGUACGAGCAGAGGCAGAAACGCGAGGAACUCGACAACCGACGAUACAACUACCUGGAGCGCAAACACAGUUUACAGGAGUCGAGUCACGGGAAUCGGAAUUAUUUCUUCCAGAGGAAUCACGGAUCCUCCGGGCGUAUCUCAGCGCCGCCUGGCGAACGAUAUUUGCGAUCUCGAGUUAUUCACGUCGCCGAUAGGCCGCUGCCCGAGAUCCCGCAGUCACGAUUAGAGUUGUCGAAUUAUGAGAAUUACGAGGACGGCAUCGGUCAACUGUGCGACGGUCUCAGCGGCGUUGACGUUGUCGAUAACAUGAAUUAUCAGAAUCAAUCGGUACUUUAUCAGAACGAUAACACUCUUCCGCAAUCGGUUCCCGCGGAAGUCAAGGUUACUCACCAGCCGAUCGUAAAUCAGACUCAGAGAGCGCCCUUGGUCGGAAGAACUUGCAAGUAUCCGUCGUCUGGUUCCAGCCAAAAGUCCGGCGACUACGCCGAUAAUUCGAGUUGCACACCCAACUCGAGUCAAAAGAGCGAGUUUUCUCCCUCCAGCUCGAAGAGCGGGGAAUAUUAUUUGAACUCGCCUCGCAGCAGUGCUCGAACUUCUCCCACCGAACGAGAAAGAAUCUACGAGAACGAAGCUCAACCGGUCCUUUCCCAGCCAUCGUCCAUCAAUUACGUCGAGGAACACGUUUACGACGAAACUCCGUCGUCGCCGUGUCGUGAAAAACAUUUUUCAACUUCGAAGGAUCACGCGACUGAGAACUCGCCGGAGAAGAAAGACAGUCUAAAUCGGCAAUCGCCCUUGAAGAAUAUCUCGUUUCAUUCUUGCGAAGAUAACGAAGGUAUGCAAGCGGAAUCGAAACGAGAGAUGGAAAAAUCACGCGAGGAUUGCUUAAAAAAUUACGAGACACAGAGCGAAUCGACAGCGAGCGGUCAAAUUGAGAGGACAUCCGUUCCGAAUGUAUCGCCGUCGAAGCAUGGAAUAACAAUAGCGAUGUCUCCAUCGGGAUCUCGAGCCAGGAGAUCACAGCCCAACGAUCAAAUCUUGAUAGCCUCGCCUAAAAGAGAAGCCAUUUGUCAGUCUCGUAUCUCUCGGCCGUCGAACGAGAUGAGGCUCCGCGACGCGGAGUCGCCCAUUCCCAUUGCGGAUUCCUGCGAGGUUAUCUCUGGCAUCGUUCCAAUUGAAGUGCGACAUCAGUACGGUAGUCAGAAUUCUUCCGCCGCGGGAAUAAGAAGACCCGUCGAGCGAAAGAUUGUAUCGCCGUCCUGCUUCUCGAAAGGCAUCUCGCGUCCCGAGCCGAUUUACGGAUACCGCAGACAACGCGAAAGCGAGGACACCCCGACCUUGGAGACGAAGGAAGACAAACGCGAAGACGAAAGCUCGACCGAGUCAUGCAUUGACGAGAGAGUGGCUCGAGUUCAAGGUCAGAGUUCGUCGCCGCAGAAUUCACCGUCGUCUUCCGCGGAAGCUAAGCAAACAUUAAACGAGUCUGGAAGAAGAGCGCUUCGAUCUCCCACGCGCGAACAACGAACUUGCGCGACGUCGUCGACGAGUCAGGACAAGAUGUACACGAGUGCGAGUUCGCUUCAGCACGAAUCGAUUUACGAGCAACGUCAACGACAGUAUCAGCCUUUGUACGGUCAACAGAGCCAUCCGCCGUUUAUGCUGUUGUCGCCCUCGAAACGGGAGACUAGACAGCACCUGGAAGCGUUUUAUUGGCAGCAAAAGGCGCUGGAAGCGCAUCGGAAGUCGAUGAAUUCCGUUUCGUCGGCGAGUUCCGGCGCGAGGCAGAUCGCGCCGAAAAUCGAUCUACCGGACAUGAGAGAAGCGGUGUAUUGGCAGCAGCUGAAGAGACUGAACGAGGAGCAGCAGCGGCGAAUCUACGAGCGAAACGCGAUGGAAGACAGAACGAAAGCCGCGACGGGUCUCGUCGUUCACGGAGACAACAGCUCGUACUGGAGCAACGUGCAGCAACGUCUCAAGGCGAGUCCGACCGGAAAGUUGCCGUUGAUGCAAACGCAAAAGGGCCAGAAUCAACCGGUGCUGAUAGUUCGUCCGCAGCAGGCCUUACGGGAUCGUCAGGAGAUGUCGAUCAAGUCGAUUAUUAAUCCGGGAUACGAGGGUCAAAGAUCGAAGAGCGCUUCUCCGCACUUUCACAGAAGCGACAUCGAUCGUGCCAGUUUCAACGUGACCUGCAGGAGAUCAGCAGGUGCGACCGGCAUCCCGGUGGCAUCCCCGAGGAAACCGGAAGCCGGCGAGAUUCCGCUAAAUCCGAUAUUUAAGAGAGGAAGCCUCAUAGGUGGAGAAUCGAUCGAGUACGGUAGUACUGGGCCCAAGAGGGUCAGCUUCUCCAAUCAGCCCAAGAUCGGACCGGAUCUAGCCGCGGGCAGCUGGCCAACCAAGGACGGCACGGCAACCGAACCGCCCACCAGGCGACACAAAAGCGAAGGCAGCGUCUCGGAUACCGACUCGGUGUUUCUGCAUCAAGAUAGACGCGACACGAAUCCGGUUGCUUGUCGCUCAAACGUCAGUCGUCCGCAACGAGAGUACGACGCUAACAAACCUCCGCCCAAGGAUCCCUUCGUGAUCUCGCGUCGUGGAACCGGUGCCAAGAAUUACGUCUGCAACGAGAUUCGAUGGAACAGCGAGGAACAACGCUGUCAACGCCGGCAGGAAGAAGAGUGGAAUCCAGAUGGCAAGGGUCGACAAUCCAAUGAUACCGGUGGAUCCGUCAGGGGGGAGGUUGAACCCGGCUCGAACGAGCUCACACCUGGCAGAAGGGCUGGAAGUGGUGGCGGUGGCGGCAGCGUCGGCGGCGGUGGCGUCUUGGGGGUUGGUGUCGGCGCCGGCGGAGGCUCGGGCAGCCGGGGUUCCUCCGGCGGUGGCCGCUCGAGGGACGAGCCUAGGAGGCACACCCUCGGCGGCGAUCAUCAACCGUCCCUUCAUCAUCAACAGUUCAACGCGGCCCAGCAGCUGCACCCUCUGCACCCGCAUCAUUUGCCGCCACCACACGGCCAAUACGGCACCCCGUCAUCGCGGCACACCACCAUGGAUCUCGAGAUGGGGACCAAGUCUCGCCAGAGAAAGUCGCCUCUUCCGCGCGGGUAUCCGCCCCCCUCUUCGACGAUGCUCUUCGAUGACGACCCGGGCAUCAUGUCCGAGGUGGAAACCUCCAGCACGGGAUUUCGACGAGGUGGCAAGCAAAGAAGCAGCUUGCCCGUUGUACGAACUCCCAGCAAGACUUUGGAGCGACCACUAGGCGGUUCCCUAGGACUGGUGUUCCUGCAGUACAGGAACGAGACGAAGAGGGCAUUGCUACCAAAUGAGAUCACCAGCAUAGACACGGUCAAGGCCCUUUUCGUUAGAAGCUUUCCAAAACAACUUACCAUGGAAUACCUAGACAGUCCCCACGUAAAAGUUUACAUACACGAUAGCAACAAGGACAUGUUCUAUGAACUCGAAGAUUUAAGAUCACAUCUGAGAGAUAUCAGGGAUCGCAGCGUUCUGAGACUUUUCGAGAGUGCCGACGGAGUGACAGGAAUGCCGGGACCCUUGGGGGUACCAGGAGGUGGCGGCGGUCUACCGCCCCAUUGGGAAGAUCAGAGCUACUUCAGCGAGCCAGAAUUCGACAGCGAAUAUCAGCAUCAGCACAUUCACAAGAGCAAAACGGCCAAGAACUCGACGUCCGGUAGCGGAUAUUACGUGGGCGGAAGCAGCACCCUGCCGCGCGGCGGAUCUCUCUUAAGGGCGUACAGCCCUGCGGCAUCGAGCGUCGGAGGACCGAACGCGACGCCGACGCAACCCAAGACUCUCACCACACCAGAUGGUUGGAUAGGUGGUGGCGGGGUGCCGCCGGCCAAGCCGCUUCGCAGCUACCAGUGUGGUAAGAGUCCCCUUGGAAGCCUCGGGGGCUCGGCGCGCUUCUCUAGAGACAGCUCGGUCUCCCUCUAUAGUAUACCAGAUCGACUACACGGAGAAGGCGGAUACAUGAGCAGCCCUGAGCGUGGCGUCAGUUCCGGAAGCGGAAGAUAUCCACCCGGACCUUACAGUGCGGGUAGCAGCUACGAAGAUCCUUAUUAUUCACAAUACUCGGGCACCGUUACUCCGGUUAUCGACGAAGAAGCCAGCGAUACGGAGCUGUUGGAGGAAUCGUACAGCCUUUACGGCGUGAAACCACCGGGGCGUCCGCCGUCUGGUCCUCCACGGUCCCCGUUUCCUUCGGGAGCGGCAACCCCUUUGCCACCCGGUGGACAGGGCUACGACGUUACUCGGAUUAGAGUGGAGCACAUGGAAAGACAAUUGGCCAAUCUGACCGGGCUCGUGCAGAAAGCUCUGACACAUGCUCCGCACACCAGUCCAUCGCCACGAGAGUACUUGCAGGUCCCACCAGGACGAGAUCCUUACGCGAGAGCCGCAGGCGCCGGGGACGAGUUCGACAAACAUUCUAGCUCCAGCUCUGCCUCAUUGCCAGUGUCUCAACCUGCCGUUACAGAUGACUCGUACUUAAGGACUGACGUUAAACCGCCAAAAUUAGGCAAAGACAAGUCGGUGUCGUUUGAAAAGUCAGUGUCCUUCAGUGACGAGCCACCAGACAUGAACUCCCCCAAACAACACUCCCCGCAACAUGCAGCGGACACAAAACCCACGAAACCGGCAAUCAAAUCCUCCACGUUGCCGAGGAUGUCGUCGCAAGAAAGGGACAGGCACAAGCCAACACCACCACCGAAACCGGCCGCUCUGGUGGCUGGCCAGUACGUCUACAGGGACCUGGCCCUCACGCCGGAGAUGUACAAUCAGCUGCGAGGUCUGCAGAAGAAGGCCAAGGACCUCAGGCAGGAAGUGAGGAACCUCAGACGCAUGUCGCAGGCGCAGGCCCACACUGUGCGCGAAACCAUCAGGGAUACGUUCAUCACGAUUAGGGCUAUGCUAUUGUCAGGAGGAGACGCGGCCUGGACAGCUGGAGACACCGAGAAGAUUCGACUGAGCCGCGAGGAAGACCUCUACAAGCAGGAAAUGAUAAGGCUGGAAAAAGAUCUCACCGAGCUGGAGAGCACCGUGGAGGAGCUUCGCGGUAACGUGAUCAAUAGAAAGACGCGUGUCAAUAUGUCGGAUGUGGAGAACAUGGCUCUGAUAUUGAGUAAAUCCAGCAAAACCGUCGCUGACCUGAAGGUACGCUUCCCGAACCUGCAAGAGGGAAUGAAGGGUCUGCUUAGCUCCGAAAUGGAGAAGGUGGUGCGCGAGGAGAAGUUCCUGAAGGAAGAACCCGAACGAUUGGAAUCCGCGUUGAGACGUUGCAAGAAACUCACCGGCACGCUGGUGACGCUCAAACGCUUGGCGUCGGUGCAAGAGCAGCGAUUACCAAACGCAGCGAGCGUAGAUGCUGAGGAAACGCCGCCAAUAACGCCAACGACAGCACAGCAUUCCAAGGCAGCUGCCCCUGUGCCAGCGGAACGCACUGUCGUGGGGUCAGCGAGCAUCCUCGGGGGAGGGAGCCACCCUCACGAGUCAUCCGCCGACCCUCAGCAGCGUCCGGAGAACGCACUCGACGCUCUGCUAGACGAGCUGCAAACCUUCUCGCGACCCGGCUCGCAGUUGGGACACGUGUCUAGCAGUCUGUCGGUGCACCCAGGCUCGAACGUGCUCCUGGCUGACAUCGGGCGCGCUUCCAGCCUACGGGAAACGAGCAGCAUCACGGCUUCAUCGGGCACCACCAGCACUCGUCCACCCAGCAUCAGCGACAUCGGUCGAAAGGGUAGCGUGGAUUCGUCGAGCGGCCCUCUGACCGCGGUUCCUACCGUCAUGGUGGGUCUACCUGGGAUGGCCCCGGGUGCCAGCGGCACUCUGCGUCGUCUGCAUUCGUACCCGUCGAGCUCGGACACCGACACUUCGCCGCCCAUCGCCAGGUUGCAAGCGUUGUCGCUGCAGGAGCAACAAUCGUCGCAGCAGCAGCCUGCGGUGCUGCCGCAGGCUUUCCUCCCCGGACAGAAACCGCCGGUACCGGAGCGAAACGUCGAGCUGUUGCAGCUGGCGAGUGCCAGGAGAGUCCCGCCGCCACCGCCGCCGCGCACCAGCUCCCGAUCACCUCUGGCGAGCCCGACCAGUCCCCAAUUGCCGCCUAGGAAUCAUCCGUGUAAUCUGCAGAGCGGCAACGCGACCUUACGUCGACCCGCAACGCGCGGCGGAAAACCGCCCAUGGCUCUACCAGCGGAUUCCACCGCGACGGAACAGGUCAGCGGAGACCGGUCGGCGCCGCCGAACCUCGCUGCUCCGACGCACAACUCGUCGUCCUCGCAAUCCUCCGCGGUACUGUCCACCAGCAACUCGAGCUCCUGCGAGAGCGUCAACUCGCAGGAAGGUCUGCAGAGCAAACGCGGCAGGCAGGAGCAACUGGAGCAACGGCACCAGGAGCUCCUGCGGAAGCAGAAGGCCCUGCAAGAACAGUACGCCAGAUUACAACAGUUACAGAGAAACGCAGCUGGUCUCACCACCGUCCCACCUGCGCCGCCUGAUCUCCUGAAGAAGACCGGCUCCGAGAGCAAUCUUCUGGCGAAGAUGGGUCUCGGGUUGAGCGCCGCGAGUUCCGGAUCCCUCACCAGUCUCAGUCUCAAGCCGCAGAUGGUCUCGCAGGAGGCUAUUAUCGUCGAUGGGAAUCAAGUGAACAAGAUCGAGAUCACCAAUGGACAGAUCCUGCCGGUUACCUCCGCGGCGACGACGACGACGACGACGACCGCCAACCAGGUCGUCCCCGUGGGCAUCGCCACCUCCACGACGGUGUUGUCGGCCUCGACGACCACCGGCUCGGCCACGACCGUCACCACCACGUCCACUACGACCACCAGCAAGGUCUACGAGACGGACAUUCUGUGACCGAGAAGCCGCUCGCUCAUCGGCUGCUCGACCGUCAAGGUCACCGCUGAAAUCGCGCUGGCGAGUAGUUAACACGGUGAAGUCGCGAGACUACUGUAUCGCGCGAUCCUUCAUCCUCCGUUGGAAUUGUAGUCGUGGAGGCUGCGAUCAAAUGGGAAAGGAAGAAAGGGACAACGUAAGGAAUUGGUAGAAUUAUAAGAAGACCAAACGGGGACGCGGAAGACAAGGAGAGGAAGACGACUUUUCCUCCAAUCUUCGCCAACAUACCUAUACGCGUAACAUCUAACUUGCGAAAGUAGAAUAAAGCGUAGAAACUUAGCGCGGGAACUACACGCGUAAGAACAUAAUACCGCACUAAAUACUAUGGCUAACGAUAACAUUAAUAAUCGUAAAAAAAAAAAAUAAAAAAAAAAAAAAAAGAAAGAAACGAUCGACAUUUUUUUUUGAGAAAGCGAAGAAGAGAAGACGCGGCGUUAGGGGUCGUUGAAUUUUGCACCUUCGCACGAGCGAUGUUCAAUGCGCCCAUGUGAACAUAGACAGGUCUUGCCCUCGCUUGCUUGGUCUCUCGAGGGUUAAUCUUUCCCUUCGACUUUCGAAGACGCCGAAAUUCUCAAAAUCGAUCCUUGUGUACACCUCGCUCUUCGUAUAGACGUCUCUGUGCCAAAAUACGAACAAAAACGCGAUACUCGCGUACUUUUUGAAGACUAUACACAGCCGCCAGCCGUAUAAUUGAGCCGGCUCUUCGUUCUUUCUUCAUCGUAGUAGGGCGAGCGUAAAACACCGUCAAGAUUCUACGUAGGCGAACCAUCACAUAUAAAUAUUAUACAUAAUAUACAUACGUGUAUAUAUAUAUAUAUAUA